UCAUAAUCUUUCCCUUUCUUCUACAUUGCGAGAAUCACACCAAGCUUUCUGCUUCAGUGCUUUGCAACCUUUUAACCUUCAGUAUAGUAUUUAAAACUAAUUAGGGUUUAAGAAAACUGAGAUCAACAGACAAUAAUGGCGACGGUGAUUCCAAAAGUGAAAUUAGGUUCACAAGGUUUAGUUGUUUCACAACAGGGAUUAGGAUGUAUGGGUAUGUCAGGUAACUACGGACUCCCAAAACCCGAAGCCGAUAUGAUCAAGCUCAUCCACCACGCCAUUGACUCCGGUGUCACCUUCCUUGACACCUCCGACGUCUACGGUCCACACACCAACGAAAUCCUCGUCGGCAAGGCUUUGAAAGAAGGAGGACUAAGAGAGAAAGUUCAAAUUGCUACCAAAUUUGCAAUCCGGCAUGUCGAUGGAAAGAUGGACGUGUGUGGUGAUCCGGCUUAUGUCCGAUCAGCUUGUGAAGCUAGCUUGAAGAGACUUGAUAUUGAUUGUAUUGAUCUCUACUAUGUCCACCGAAUUGAUAUUCGUGUCCCAAUCGAAGUCACGAUGGGAGAGCUGAAGAAACUAGUAGAGGAAGGAAAAGUGAAGUAUGUAGGAUUAUCAGAAGCAUCGGCUUCAACAAUUAGAAGGGCUCAUGCUGUUCAUCCAUUAACAGCUGUACAGAAUGAAUGGUCUAUUUGGUCAAGAGAUUUGGAGGAGGAUAUUGUUCCUACUUGCAGAGAACUUGGCAUUGGGAUUGUUCCUUAUAGUCCUAUUGGAAGAGGAUUCUUGGCUGUUGGUCCUAAAUUGGCUGAAAACUUGACAGAUGGAGACUUCAGAAAGAGUCAUCCAAGGUUUCAAAAUGCGGAGCAAAAUAAGAGUGUUUUUGAGCGAGUGAAUGAGAUAGCAACAAGGAAAGGAUGCACCCCUGCACAGCUGGCACUGGCGUGGGUGCAUCACCAAGGAAGCGAUGUGGUUCCAAUACCUGGAACCACAAAGAUUGAAAACUUCAACCAAAACAUUGGAGCUUUGUCUGUAAAACUAACGCCAGAGGAGAUGGCAGAACUUGAAUUGAUUGCUUCGAGUGACAUGGUUAAGGGAGAAAGGCAUGCGUUCAUGCAAUUGACAUGGAUAAAUUCGGAGACACCUCCUUUGUCUUCUUGGAAAGGUAAUUGAGUAGUUCUAUUAGAAAAUAUGUUGGACAAUAAAGUGGGUUGGAGACUCUUUCCACUAUUGAUGUUGAACGAAAAACUAGUGUUUUACUUAAAUGUUUAGUUGCUUAUAAAUGAAUUAAUGUAUUUGCGAAUUUUGUAGUUCAAGGUGAUGUAUUUUGUAUCGGGAUUGAACGUAUUGUAUAAUAUAUAUAUGGCAUACUUUCCUUUUA